CUCCUCCUCCUCCUCAGUCUGCCUCAGCUGUCCUUGCUGCUGCUGUUUCAGAUGGAGGCUGCAGUAUUCUGCUGAGUAGCAGUGAGCCAGCAUCCGCUCGCUCUGCCUCCAGCCGUCAGCCUUCAGCCGACCGAGACAGCAGCCUGAGAGUCCUGGAGCAGGAAACUACAGCACCCACAAUCCUCCGGCUGCAGCCCAGACUGUUGCCUGGCCUGGAGCAAAGCCCCGUGGAACCCUGGGAGUCGCGGUCCUCACUAAGCAGCUGGUGGUGGAGGCAGAGAGGUAGAGAGGGUGACGUGCCAUGACAACCGUCAGAGGAGGAGAAGGUAACUGCUGAGUCAUGUCUACCGGCCUGGAUGAUACAGACAACGUGUUCGACCUGAACGAGGUCCCAGAAACAGAGCUGCUGGAUAACAGCAUCCAGAAGGGACGCGCCCAGCUGUCCGUCAAAGCACGCCGCCACCGCCCCUCCAGGUCCCGUUACCGUGACAGCGUGAGCUCCACUGAGGGGGACGACAGUCUGGAGAGGAAGGACAGUCCGUUACACUCCGCCCGCUCACCUCUCCACCUGGCCAUGAGAGGCUCCUCCCCCUCUCCUGAUUCGCUGCUGUCAGCUCGUAGCCCCGCCUUCUCUUUCGACACAUCACUGGUGCGUCGCUCUCCGGAGGAUGAAGAAGCGUCAUUGGUCGCUCCUCCGCGGGGGCGGUACCAUCAGCUGACCAAUGCCACGUCUCAAGAGGCUCUGGUGACUCCCAGCAGCUCGCCCUCCAGGUCCUGCCCCUCCUCCGACUGCUCACGGGUCUACAUGAGGAGGAGCAGGAGGCCUGACAGUGAAGUGUUGGUCUCUGACUCCAGUCGGGACACGAGUCCAGCUGACCCCGGCAGUCCAACCGUCGUCUUUGACAAGAAAACCAAGAGACGCUUCCUGGACCUUGGGGUGACCCUCAGACGUUCAUACAUCAGGGUGAGGAAGGAUAAAUCCAACCGUCUGUCCGUUGGCAGCAGAGAGACGUCUGAGAGUCCGUCUCGCUCUUCAGGAUCCUUCGUCCCCUUCUCCUGGUUCACUGAGGGACGGGGGGCGCUCUCCUCCGCCGGGACUCCCCCCGCCUCCCCCAAAAUCCCCCCGCUGAGCUCCCCGAGACCCCGAAAGUCUCACUCCCAGGAGUCGGCUCUCAGUGAGGAGUUCUCUCCUCCUCAUACCUCCUCCUCCACCUCUCCUCCCGUUGACUCCUCCUCCUCCAGAUCCUCCCAUCCUUACCACACCCUGUCCCAGUCCUCCGAUGAGCCCUUCGAGGAGCCGUCCUGCCUGGUGUCCUCCUGGACGACCCAGCAGGUGUGUCAGUGGCUGCGAGGACUCAACAUGGAGCAGUAUGUCCCAGAGUUCAGUGCGAGAGACGUGGACGGACAGCAGCUGCUGCAGAUGGACGGCAACAAGCUGAAGGGUCUGGGCGUGCUCAGUUCGUCCGACCGCAGCGCUCUGAAGCGUCGCAUCAAAGAUUUUCACUCUGCGGCCGAGAAGGAAAGAAAAGCUCUGGACAAGAUGGAGAGACAGAAAGAAAAACAACGACGGAAAGACAACGAGCAGCGCAGGAACUGA